AUGGCCCUUAGGAAAGGAGGCCUGGCCCUGGCGGUGCUGCUGGUCACCUGGGCAGCACUGGGCCCCUGUGGCCUGAAGGGAGCAGAGCCCAGGACAGUGGGAGGCACCGAGGGCCCACAGUGCCCAGCCAUCUGCACCUGCAGCUACGACGACUAUAUGGAGGAGCUCAACGUGUUCUGCAGCUCGCGGAACCUCACGCGGCUGCCUGAUGGCAUUCCUGACAGCGCCCGGGCCCUGUGGCUGGACGGCAACUGCCUCUUGUCCAUCCCCCCAGCGGCCUUCCGGAACCUCUCCAGCCUCGACUUCCUCAACCUGCAGGGCAGUGGGCUGGGCAGUCUGGAGCCACGGGCGUUCCUGGGCCUGCAGAGCCUGUACCACCUGCACCUGGAGCGGAAUGAGCUGCGCAGCCUGGCAGCCGGCACAUUCACACACACACCCGGCCUGGCCUCACUCGGCCUCAGCAACAACCUCCUCAGCAGGGUAGACGAGGGCCUCUUCGAAGGCCUGGCCAAUCUCUGGGACCUCAACCUCGGCUGGAACAGCCUGGUGGUGCUUCCCGACACCGUGUUCCAGGGCCUGGGCAACCUCCGAGAGCUGGUGCUGGCAGGCAACAAGCUGGCCUACCUGCAGCCUGCACUCUUCUGUGGUCUGGGCGAGCUGCGGGAGCUGGACCUGAGCAGGAACGCACUGCGGAGCAUCAAGGCCAACGUCUUCACGCAGCUGCCCCGGCUGCAAAAGCUCUACCUGGACCGCAACCUCAUCACUGCCGUGGCCCCCGGCGCCUUCCUCGGCAUGAAGGCGCUGCGCUGGCUGGAGUUGUCCCACAACCGCGUCACCGGCCUCCUGGAGGACACCUUCCCGGGGCUGCUGGGCCUGCACGUCCUGCGCCUCUCAUACAAUGCUAUCGCCAGCCUGCGACCCCGCACCUUCAAGGACCUGCACUUCCUGGAGGAGCUGCGGCUUGGCCAUAACCGCCUGAGGCAGUUGGCGGAGAAGACGUUUGAGGGUCUGGGGCAGCUGGAGGUGCUCGCACUUAACAACAACCAGAUCCAGGAGGUGAAGGCGGGUGCCUUCCUUGGCCUCUUCAACCUGGCUGUCAUGAACCUGUCUGGCAACUGUCUUGGGAGCCUCCCAGAGCAGGUGUUCCAGGGCCUGGGCAAGCUGCACAGCCUGCACCUGGAGGGUAGCUGCCUAAGCCACAUUGGGCCACACACAUUUGCCGGCCUCUCGGGGCUGCGCAGGCUCUUCCUCAGGGACAACAGCAUCACGGGCAUCGAGGAGCAGAGCCUGUGGGGGUUGGCCGAGCUCCUGGAGCUCGACUUCACUGCCAACCAACUCACGCACCUGCCCCGCCGGCUCUUCCAGGGCCUGGGCAAGCUGGAGUACCUGCUCCUCUCUCGCAACCGGCUGUCGGCGCUGCCUGCAGAUGCCCUGGGCCCCCUGCAGCGGGUCUUCUGGCUGGAUGUCUCGCACAACCGCCUGGAGGUGCUGGCCACCAGCCUCCUGUCGCCGCUGGGACGGCUGCGCUACCUGAGCCUCAGGAACAACUCGCUGCAGACCUUCAUGCCACAGUCCCCAGGUCUGGAGCGCCUGUGGCUGGAGGGCAACCCCUGGGACUGUGGCUGUCCCCUCAAGGCGCUGCGGGACUUUGCCCUGCAGAACCCCAAUGUCGUGCCCCGCUUUGUCCAGGCUGUGCCCGAUGGGGACGACCACCAGCCCCCCAUGUACACCUACAACAACAUCACCUGUGCCAGCCCUCCUGGCGCCGUGGGCCUUGACCUGCGGGACCUCGAUGAGGCCCACUUUGCUCACUGCUAACGUGGGGCUCACCCUGGCCAGACACUGCCCUGUGGUCGGGACAGGGCCUCACUCUUCCUGCAGGAGUCGGUCCCCAGGGUCAGACAGGCACACCGCCCCAGUGCUCGGGACAGACAGUCCUAGAGUCUGUGGGUGCUGGCUCAGGGCAUGUGGGCAGGGGCCUGGCCAGGAGGGCUGGAGGCCAUCAGCUCCCCAGCUGUCAUCAAUUAAAAGCAAUC